CUGACCUCACCCGGCCUUUCUCCAUCUUGAGGCGAAGAAGGACCAAGCGAAGAAGAUAACGGAGUGGGACCCGCAGGAAGCGAAGCGAGCUAGCGGAGGAAAGAGAGGCAGGCAAGGAAGGCAACGCACCGUCAUCUGCCCCUAUACCGAGGAGAAGGUCAGGUCACAGAGCUUCGAUUACAACAACCAUGGCCCGCAUCUAGGAGGGAGAGCCGGAUGGGGCGCGCGUUCGUGUACGUGAUCCUUGGCGGCGGCGUGGCCGCGGGCUACGCGGCGCUCGAGUUCGCCCGCCGCGGCGGGUACUCCCGCGGCGAGCUCUGCAUCAUCUCCGAAGAGACCGUUGCUCCUUAUGAACGUCCUGCAUUAAGCAAAGGUUAUUUACUCCCAGAAGGUGCUGCUCGUCUUCCAGGAUUUCAUACUUGCGUUGGUGCUAAUGAUGAGUUACUGACAACAAAAUGGUACAACGAACAAGGUAUUGAACUUGUUCUUGGAACAAGAGUGAUUUCUGCCGAUGUGAGGCGCAAGACAUUGCUUACAGCCACCGGAGAAACUAUCAGCUACAAAACCCUCAUCAUUGCGACAGGUGCUCAGGCAUUGAAGUUGGAAGAAUUUGGAAUACAAGGUUCAGAUGCUGCAAACAUAUGUUAUUUACGCAAUAUUGAUGACGCGGAUAAGUUAGUGAAUGCGAUGAAAUCAUGUUCCGGUGGAAAUGCUGUUGUCAUUGGUGGUGGCUACAUCGGAAUGGAAUGUGCAGCAGCAUUGGUUACUAACAAGAUAAAGGUCACCAUGGUCUUCCCUGAAAAACACUGCAUGGGCCGUCUAUUUACACCAAAAAUUGCAGAAUAUUAUGAAAACUACUACACCUCAAAAGGGGUCACCUUUGUAAAAGGAACUGUGCUUACAUCCUUCGAAAAAGACACGACGGGAAAGGUGACUGCAGUAAUCCUGAAAGAUGGUAAACACCUACCUGCUGAUAUGGUAGUGGUUGGUAUCGGCAUCCGUGCAAACACUAGUCUUUUUGAAGGUCAGCUGGUGAUGUCGAUGGAGAGUGGUGGGAUAAAGGUAAAUGGACAAAUGCAAACAAGUGACAGCUCUGUGUAUGCUGUUGGUGAUGUUGCCGCAUUCCCGAUCAAGCUUUUUGAUGGUGAUAUCCGACGGCUUGAGCAUGUUGACUCAGCUCGUAGAACUGCUAGGCAUACUGUUGCAUCCAUCUUGGAGCCUUCAAAAACCAGGGACAUUGAUUACCUACCAUUCUUCUACUCCAGAGUCUUCACAUUAUCCUGGCAGUUUUAUGGGGAUAAUGUUGGAGAAGUAGUUCACUUUGGAGACUUCACAAGCAGCAGCCCAAGGUUUGGUGCGUAUUGGGUCAAUAAAGGCCGGAUUAAGGGUGCAUUUCUUGAAGGUGGAAGUCAGGAAGAGUACGAGGCCGUAUCAGUUGCUGUUCGGCGGAAAGCUAAGGUUGCAAACAUGGCUGAACUUGAAAAACAAGGUCUGGUUUACCGUUUUUCUCCUAUCACUUGACAGGUUGCUCCUUACGAACGUCCUGCGUUAAGCAAGGGCUACCUGCUCCCAGAAGGCGGUGCUCGCCUCCCAGCAUUUCAUACUUGUGUCGGUGCCAACGAUGAGUUACUUACGGCAGAGUGGUACAAAGAACAUGGUAUUGAGCUUAUUCUUGGAACGAGGGUAAUUUCUGCUGACGUGCGCCGGAAUACAUUGUUUACAUCCAGUGGGGAAACUAUCAGCUAUAAAACUCUUAUUGUUGCGACAGGUGCUCAGGCCUUGAAGCUGGAAGAAAUUGGAGUGAGCGGUUUAGAGGCUGAGAACGUCUGUUAUCUGCGUAACAUGAAUGAUGCAGAUAAAUUAGUCGAUGUAAUGAGAUCAUGCCCUGGUGGGGAUGCUGUUGUCAUUGGUGGUGGAUACAUAGGAAUGGAAUGUGCAGCCGCUUUGGUUGCCAAUAAGAUAAAAGUUACCAUGGUCUUCCCUGGAAAACACUGCAUGGCUCGUCUAUUUACUCCAAAAAUUGCUGAAUUUUACGAGAACUACUACACUUCGAAAGGAGUUACUUUCAUCAAAGAAACUGUAGUUUCAUCCUUGGAGGUCUCAUCUGGGAAGGUGACCACAGCGAUCCUGCGAGACGGCAGGCGCCUUCCCGCCGACAUGGUUGUGGUUGGCAUCGGCGCGCGCGCGAGCACUGCACUCUUCGAAGGCCAGCUGGUCAUGGAAAAGGGCGGCAUCAAAGUGAAUGGGCAGAUGCAGACGAGCGACGCCUCCGUGUACGCCGUGGGAGACGUGGCCGCGUUCCCUGUCAAGCUCUUCGGCGGCGCCGUCCGCCGGCUCGAGCACGUCGACUGCGCGCGCAGGACCGCCAGGCACGCCGUCGCGGCGGCCCUGGACCCCUCGGGAGCCGGGGACAUCGACUACCUGCCCUUCUUCUACUCCAGGACCUUCGCGCUGUCCUGGCGGUUCUACGGCGACAACGCCGGGGAGGCCGUCCACUUCGGGGACUUCUCCUCGUCCUCGCCCAAGCUUGGCGCUUUCUGGGUCAGCGCGGGCCGGAUCGCUGGCGCGUUCCUCGAAGGCGAGAGCCCGGAGGAGUACGAGGCGAUCGCGCACACUGUCCGGCGCAGAGCGGCUGUCCCGGACGUGGCUGAGCUCGCGAGGCAGGGCCUCGAGUUCGUCGUUCGGGAGGGCCGGACGGAAGCCUCUCGUGGCGGCGGCAAGCAUACGUACGCGUGGCACGCCAUGGUUGGUGUGGCCGCGGCCGUGUCCAUCGCCGCGUUUGCGUACUGGUACGGCUGGAAGGCGCCGUACCUGGCGAAGCGAGACUUUUGAAUGAGCUUACUGCUACUUCUGUGAUGAUUUCACGGCGUGGCACUGGCAUGUACUGCUUCCCGGUGCCAUCACGAACGAGAGGCCAUGCUAGCUGCCUUAAGCGUUUCUAGUUUGCAAUGCUCGUCGUUGGUGGGUGCAUCAUCUCUGAGAGUUUUGUCCUGCCG